AAACUCAUUAUGGUUAUCGUAUUCGAAAUGUGACAAAUUUGUCAAUAUAGUUUUUUAUGUUGAGUACUAUUUUUCCCAUUUUUGUAUGUUUUUUUAUUUAGCGUAUUAUUUUUAUAAUAUAAUAUAAAUAAAAUUCGUGUUAACAUCUUACACUGAGUGAGUUACCGGGAAAACAUGUCGCGCCUUUUUUCCAUCAUAUCGGAAAUCGCUCAGAUUCCGGAUGCAGAAGGUCCAUCUGUAAUCUCGGCAGAUGCCAACGAAAGAAAACUAGCCAGACGGCAGAGAAUAGAACGAAGAAUCGCUGCCAUAAAAUUGCAGCAAAUUAAAGACAUGGGUGAAAUAAUAGAGGAAGCAAAACAUCCAGUUGAAAUGCAGAUGGAGACUAGUGCUGACAUUUUGGAGAAAUUUCUUCAAGAAUCGCAAGAGUAUUUAGAAAAUAUUAAAGUGGCUAAUGAUUCUAGAGAGAUUGAUAGGAGAGAAGUUGAAACCAUCAGAAGGCAACAGGUGAUAGCACAGUUAGAAGCUGAAGCUCUAGAAGCACAUAAACAGUUUAGUGAAAUAUCAGGCAAAUGGGCUGGAAUUCAAGAAUACAAAGAUCCUUUGCAUAUUCACGAAGAUAUUCUAGAGCAGAAGAUGAAGUGCGAUGAACUGAUUCAACAGAAAGACGAAAUCAUCGAAAUGUUGAGGAACGAGCUAAAGAUAUCUGAGAAGAAAUUUACGAGCGAUCAAACGAAACAGAACCAAGAUAUCAGCAUUCUGGGUCAAAGGAUCGAGAAGCAAAUCAAUUUCAUGAAAAGUGCUUAUUCCGCCGAAUUUAGUUUGAUUGAGCAGGUGAUAACCGAAGAAAAGCAAAAAUAUAUCGAUCGCAGCAACCAGAAAUGGGAGGAACUUGCCCGGAAAAGACACCAAGAAGAAAUAUUAUUAUCUGAAUAUAUAUUUAAAAAACGAGAAGAAAUAGCCCAUAACAUUGGCCGGAUGACCGUACAUCACGAAGAUCAAUUCAGAAAGACAAAAAUCCAGUUGGAGCUGGACGUUCAGAAUGCUCAGAAUGAAUUCGAAAGAAUCAAAUGCCUCGUUCUAUCGAAUACCGAAAGACUGGAUUAUAAUUACCAAAUAUUAAAACGAAGGGAAAAUGAGAAUAUCACCAUCAAGAGUCAGCAGAAGAGAAGGAUCGGUAAAUUGCAGGAUACAAUCAGUGAACUGAAAAGCUCUCUAACUAGUUAUCGAGAAAACACUAACAAACAAAUAAAAAAAACCAGCGAGAAUAUCUUAAAAAUGCAUCAAAAUAUAUUGGACAUCGAUUCCAAAGCUGACCACUUCGCUUUAACCAACGAAAAAAAGUUCAACGAGGUUUGGGACCUCAACAACAAAGAUUGCCUAGCGUUACUGGAUAAAAUAACCGGUAUUGAUAAAAUAUUGCAUCAGCAGCAGUUGGGAGCGCGCUGGAUUCCACCCAAAUAUAAGAAAAUAGAUAAAAAUUUUAUGAGUAGUUACAAUAGGGCUGUAGAUAUCAUCAAUGAAUUUUCUGUUAGUUUAGCUACUCUCUCGAAGCCGCUUGGAGAGACACAGAAUCUGUUUAUUGCUGAUAGUGAGAUUGAAUCGACAAAUCCUGUAUACAACAGUUUGGUCAAACAUGUUUUAAACAAGCUGUCAACAAAAAGCGGGUUUUUGACGGAAAAAUGUCUGAAAAUGUUGAUAAAAACGUACGAAGAUACAGAGCAAAACUUGGUGACAUUGAACAAUGUAUUUAUUGCUUUAGAUAUCAAACGACAACAAGAUAUAGACCUUAUGGUCGAAUACUUCUUGCCAUAUUGUUGCUGUAUCAUCUGUGCGGAUGCUGGGUCUCGCAGUUCACUUGUAUCAACUUCAAUGCUGAGUCGCCAUUAUUCAACUUUAACUGGUAUUUCAAAUCUGACAAAUGGUCAAGCGGAUAUGCAACCCACUAGUUCAAUAUCUGAACUGGAAGAAGCAUGUAUUGCUGUACAUCAACGUGGAUCUUUUAUAGAUGAUAUAGUUUCACAGGUGGUAAAACAUGACUCUACUUUUGAAGAUGACAAAUCUCUUAAACUGGAAUUCAAAGAAUUCUCUUGUUUUGAUGACGAAGAUGCAGAAAAAGAAGCAGAAGUAAAAAAAUCUGCCCGAAAAAGGGCGCGACAUAAAGAAAGUGUAAGACAGAUUUUGUGCAAAAAUAGUCAUCCACUCGUAUUGAGUACAGUAUACGUUAUUUCGGCUCUGAAAGAUUUUGUAGCUAAUUAUCAUAAAAAGAAUGGCUCCAGUCCAACUGUAGGCGAAAGACUAGAACGAAAAAGGCACACAAUAUCGAGACUACUGGACGAUAAAGAUAUAGAAAAAUAUUGGGCACAUUUGAAAAACACUUACAAUGAAUAUAACACCCGCGUAUGGGACGGUCUUCGUGAAGGCCUUCUAAAAUAUAUCUCCGUCUUAAAAGCGCGAAAAGCUACUAGCGAGGAGGUAUUAAAGUUGAGAAAGAGAAAUAAAGAUCUGAAGAAGCUUUUGGCGGAAUACAUCGACCACGGAGUGUUGUUGAAGCCACCUCCCUGCUACGUAAAACCCGAGAUUACACCUCACUAUUCCAUAUCGCCUACUGGCAACUAAUAAAAAAUAAGCACUAAA